AUGAAACCCACCCUCUGGGCCCUCGCGGCUCUAACACCCACCGUCGCGCUCGCCGCCUCGCCACCUCCCUCCUCCGCACAGGACCUCUCGCACAACGGCCCCGUCUCUGCCGACGUCCACGCCAACGCACCCUCAAUACCAGACAUCGAUCUAUCCGAGAUCGCUCCGCGCCGCGCGCCGCCACUACCCUUCCUGUCCGAUGAGUCGCUGUCCGGCAAGCUGCGCGCGUCGCGCCAUUUGCUCCAGGCGCGCAGUGAGGGCACGCUUGGCCAGACGCCGUGGAUUGGUAUGGCGAUUGGGUUGACUUUUACGGCGUUGGCGGCUGUGAUGCUCGGGUGA